CAAAUUUUAGUUUUAGUGUUGUGAUUGUGAUGGUUUAGUUAGUUUUCUGAGUGUGGUAUGAUUUUGUGUCGCAGGUUGUUGUCACUGAAUUUUAUAUAUUUUGAAAGUGUCUGCACGUUUUUACAUUUUAAUUAACUGUUUCUACAAUUUUAAUUUCAGAGCUGCCUGGCGCUUACAUACAAUUGAGUGUUGAAGUAUUGAAAAUUACAAAACAAGCCCAAAGUUACGGCUGAAGCUUUAAGCCCAUCAUGGCGCCGAUCAGCAAUGAAUCACGGAACGCCAAAUUAAAGGGAGUAAAGAUUAAUUGUUUGCAGGGAUAAUGUCAAUAUUGGGAAUGCCUAAACGUAAAGGAACUGGUGAAAAAGAAAAGUAUAUUAACAAUGAAGAUAAUGUAUGUGAUGCUGUACCAAAACCGCCUCGUGGAGAGAAUUAUACAUCUAACAAUGAUUCUAUACCAUACAAUGUAAACAUUGGCUCCGAGAGUACUAACCAUGAUGAACAUAGUGAUGAUGAACAAGUAAAACCAAAAAUAGAAGAAAUAUUUGAUGAGGAACAAAAACCUAAUUUAGAAGAAGAAUCUGAUGAGGAGAAAAAGUCGAACUUGGAAGAAGAAUCAGAUGAAGAGCUCAAACAUAAGAAUAGAAAACAACGCUUUCCUGAUAAUUCCGGAGGAUAUCCCACUGGAGGAAUACAAAACAAUAUGUAUGUAAGUGGAACUAACAUUCACAUCGGUCCAGAAUCCAAUUGCUACUAUUACAUUGGCUACGGCAACCCGAACCAGCUCCCUAAGAAUCUGGAAAAAUCUGAAGCAGUGAAAGAAAUAUUGAAGUCCAAGGAGAAAGUUGAGGACAGUCAUUUGAUAGUUUUGUCUGAAAGCUUUGGCAAUGAAUGGAGAAACAUUGGUUUGAAACUGUUAUUCACAAAAGUUCAAAUUGAACAGUUCAAGUUAAAGCACAAGAAACGCAAGGAGGCCUCAUUUCAAAUGUUAUCAAAAUGGCGCAGUAAUCAGAAAAAUGCUACUAUUGGCAAGCUGUGCAGAGCCUUGUGGGAUACUAAGCUGGAAAACGCAAUCAAGGCCGUUAACAAUCUCUCUUUGAAAAUGGAUUUAUGUUAAAUGGUAUGUGAGUUUUUGUGUAACAAAAUGAAUUAAAUGAAAAAUAUGUUUUCAGUCAAAUUUACAUAUUUUACUUAAGACUUAUUACAACAUUUCCGAGAAUUAUUAAAACCACUUUGUCAGUGA